UGAACAAAAUUCUGUUAACAGUUUUCCACAUCCAUGGCGUCUUCACUACCACUGAGUUUCCAUAUUAUUACCUCAAAUCUCCAUAACAACAACACUCCUAAAUUCUUCUCUCUAAAAAACUCCUCGGCAUCCCUCUCUGUAUCUCACGUUUGUUAUAGCGGUUCGCCGGAACGGGAGGAGUCGCGGUGGUUAAGGGAGGAGCAGCGGUGGUUGAGGGAGGAGAAACGAUGGUUAAGGGAAGAGAGAAGGUGGGAAGCGGAGCGAGAAGCUUUGUUGAUUCAAAUUCAGGAUUUACAGCUCCGUGUUAAGGAGCUUGAGAGUAGUAGGGAUUCUGUUCUUCCAGAAGCUACUUCUGUUACCGAGACGGUAGCUAAUAUUGCUAAGCUAUUGCAGCUGCUGAAGGAGGGGGAGGUGGGAAAGAAUGUAACUGUGAUUGCAGAAAGUGGGUCGAUUGCUUUGCCAUUAGUUUUAGAAGCAUCAAAGCAAAAUGAGGUUAUUGUCAAGGAAGCAACACAACAGGAGAAGGUGAUUAGGGAAGUUCCUAAAGAAUCAGAAGGAGAGGGUAACAAAACCAAGAAGAGGCGGACUUUGAAAAAGGGAUCUGAAGGAGAUGAAGUUCGACUGAUGCAGGAACAAUUGUUAAAAUUGGGCUUCUAUUGUGGUGAGGAAGAUAUGGAAUUCUCCAGCUUCUCUAGUGGGACUGAGCGUGCUGUGAAAACUUGGCAGGCUUCAUCUGAUUUACGAGAAGAUGGCAUUAUGACUUCUGAACUUCUUGAAAAAUUAUAUAUGGUGCAAAAUAGUGACACAGUGAAGGAAAAUCCCAAACAACCAGAUGGAACUGAAGCUAAGAUUAGCGCAAAUGGUGCACCAAUUGCAUCCAUCAUGGAAAUAGGGGAAGUUCAGCAGACCAUUGUGAAAGAAGACGGUGUGUCUGAAACUGAGGUAUCACAUCAUCGAGUCUUUCUCCUCGGAGAGAACCGAUGGGAAGAACCUUCCAGACUUACUACAAGUAAGAAACCAGCAGAGACUACUAGUGGCAAUACCACCAUGAAAUGUCUUACUUGCCGUGGAGAGGGUCGCCUAUUAUGCAUGGAAUGUGAUGGGACUGGUGAGCCAAACAUUGAGGAACAGUUUAUGGAAUGGAUAGAUGAAGGAAUGAAGUGUCCUUAUUGUGAAGGCCAUGGAUUCAUAACUUGCGAUGUUUGUCAAGGCAAGAAGAUAAUGCAAGCUUAGUUUUCUACUUUUGAUUCAUCACCUUUGAUAGUAGAUAGACCAAAGGUAAAUUGUAUACAUGAACAUUUCAGACAGAGAUAAAAUUAUUGACAAAUUUGAUUUCA